AUGACCGCUACAGAGAAGACCGGACCCGACUAUGCAACGCCAGACGAGAAAGACAACCAUUUUAGUCCAGUCGACGAAGAAGCCCUCUCACAAAAUCUCAAUGAGAGUUCUCUUGUCCGAAAAUUGGACAUUACCCUGCUACCGGCACUGACUCUUCUGUACCUGCUCUCCUUCCUAGACAGGAGCAAUGUGGGCAAUGCUCGCAUCGAAGGGCUGGCCACAGAUCUACACAUGACCGGCGACCAAUACCUUACGGGUCUUACGCUUUACUUCAUUGGCUAUGUUCUCUUCGAAGUCCCUGCCAAUAUGGUCUUGAAGAUCUGGAAGCCGAAUUUAUGGCUGCCAACAUUAACCCUUGCAUGGGGUGUUGUUUCGACGUUGAUGGGCGUGACUCAAUCACGGGCUGGCUUCUUUGUGGUCCGCUUUUUCUUGGGUGUGACCGAGGCCGGGUUAUUCCCUGGAAUUGUGUUCUAUCUGUCAAUGUGGUACAAGCGCAAUGAGCGACAGUUCAGAGUUGCCCUGUUCUUCAGUGCUGCCUCCCUGGCUGGAGCAUUUGGUGGCAUUCUGGCAUGGGGCAUUGCUCAUAUGAAAGGCGUUGGGGGAUACAACGGUUGGAGGUGGAUCUUCAUACUGGAAGGCUUGCUCACUGUGGUUGUGUCUGCCAUUUCGUAUUUCUUCAUAUACAACUAUCCCGACACAGCUCAAUUCCUUACGGACACGGAGCGGGAUUUCAUUCAGAAACGCCUCAAGGACGAUAGCGAUGCGACUCAAGACGAGAAGUUCAACUGGAACAAUGUCCGGAAGGCCUUCACCGACAUCAAAUGCUACUUGUAUGCUUUUGGCUUCCAUUCUCUUUCGCUACCUUUGUACACGCUAUCCUUAUUUUUGCCGAGUAUCAUCAAGUCACUAGGAUACACGUCGGCGCAAGCGCAGCUUAUGACAAUUCCACCUUACGCAAUAGCAUUUUUUCUCACUGUCGGAUCAGCGAUACUAUCAGAACGGUUACAACUACGAGCGCCGAUUAUCCUGGCGUCCUCAUCUAUUGCCAUCAUUGGAUAUAUCUUACUUCUUACUGAUUACCGCCCUGGAGUCUCAUACUUGGGGACCAUCUUUGCCGCUGCCGGGAUUUAUCCCUCGGUUGCAUUGCAUCUGGCCUGGCCUGCCAACAAUGUCAGUGGACAGACCAAGCGAGCAAUCUCGACAGCACUUCAAAUCAGUAUUGGAAAUUUAGGUGCCGUGCUAGGAAACCAGCUUUAUCGGACCGAGACAGCGCCGAGAUAUUACCUGGGGCACUCAUUUGCAUUAGGCUACCUGAUCGCAAACCUUGCUGUGACCAGUGCCUUGUGGUGGGUACUCAAGCGAGAGAACAAGCGUAAAGAGGGAAAUACUCUGGCGAACGAUUAUCAAGGACCUUGGAUCGGAGAUGAAGAUCCAAGAUGGAGAUUCCAUGUGUGA